CUGCGUGACUGCGGGAACGAAAACACAAAACGCAAAAUGAAAAUUCUUAUGAGAUGUAGCAGCUGUUCGAGUGCGCGUUCAUAGUGAGUAAAGACCCGAUGGCAUCUGUUUGUUUGUUUGUUUGUUUUAUUUAAUGGGGGGGUUUUGAUACCGAGAAGAACGCGAUACUGGCUUGUAGGAGGACGGAUUGUGAUCUUAUCCAGACAGGGAGGAGCAGCUGUACUACCACCGCGGCCUGCUGAAAGCUCCGGUACUGCAAUGGCACACGGAAGGAUGCAGAAGGAUGCAGGAGCGCGCGAGACGAAGGGAUCCAGCGCGAGCGUUGCGGUGAUGGGGAUACAGCAAACACUUACAGAACUCUGAUAAGAAAAAAAACAAAAACAAAAAAACAACAACACAUAGACAGAGAGAGAGAGAGAGAGAGAGAGAGAGAGAGAGAGAGAGAGAGAGAGAGAGAGAGUAGGAUGUGUUGUCGCAUAUGCAGGGUUAAAUAUUACACGUUUAUGAACAGCUCAUAUUAGGCGACCUGAUACAGUUUCCCCAGCCGUGAAGCCGCCUCCAGAAAUCGCCAAAGUCAUUUGGACGUUUCGCCGAUUUUCGAUGAAAGUACUGUGAAAUAAAAUGCCGUCACCCUCCGACUCCAGCAGCGCGGCAUCGCUUUCUGGCUCGCGCGCCUUUUCGGGGAGCCGCAGAGGUACUUCCGGCAGGGCGAGGGCGAGUGCGCGCGUGCUGCUCUACCUGGGCCUGUGUCACCUCGCGCUCGGCGCCAUGGUGCUCGCGUUCAGCUUCACCAGCCUGGCGUUCAGCGCCUCUGCCCGGGUGCGACAGUCCUGUCCUUUCUGGGCUGGUUUCUUCGUCGUGGCUUCUGGAAUAGUAGGAGUGAUAUCUUGGAGGAGACCCUUCACACUAGUGGUAUCACUGUUCAUGCUGCUGUCUGCCGUGUGUGUGAUUCUCAGCCUGGCUGGCUCCAUGCUGUCCUGUCAGAAUGCACAGAUGGUCAAAUCGUACCUCACCUGCCAGGUGGAGCAUGGUCUCUGUGUAUGCUGUGGCCCGAAACAGACAUGCUCUUUGAUAGAAGAUGAGACUUUAGUGCUCUACCUGCAUGCCAACUGCCAUUCAGUACGGCACCAGCUCAAGGACCUGCUGUUUAGUGCCUGUGGACUUAGCAUCCUUUCUACCAUCAUAUGCACUUUGUCAACAGUCACUUGUAGCAUCCAUAUUUUUUCUCUGGACUUGCUUCAUCUGUUGGCACCUCACCGAACACGUUCAGUUAACCCAGAAUGCACCACUCCUCAGGAUGCCUUUCUCACUAAUAUGAUGGACUUUGAAGAAUUUGUCCCACCCAUCCCUCCACCUCCUUACUACCCUCCCGAAUACACCUGCAGUUCUGAAACGGAUGCUCAGAGUAUCACGUAUAACGGCUCAAUGGAGAGUCCCGUGCCUCUCUACCCUACAGACUGUCCUCCUCCGUAUGAAGCAGUGAUGGGGCAAAGGGACCCAAGCCAGCCCACUCAUGCUGGUGAGGCUUCUGCCGAGAGAGGAACCUCUGUGGGUUUCAGUGGUGAAGUGUCAGGUGACAGUGGCUCCCUGCUGAUGUCUGAGAUUGUAGAUAUUCCAGACGACAGUUCUCCAUCAGAGGACUCGUGUGUGCUGGAGGUGGCGUUCGCAGUGCGGACUAGGGCACGAGGCGUCAGUGAGGGAGGGGAAGGUGUUGACUACAGCAUCCCACAAACACCCACGGCUCGCUGCUGCUUCAGAGGCGAGCGAUCCAACUCUUGCUCCUCUCCCAGCACCUACACCACCUCCACGUUUAAGUCUCCUGUAAUGCGACGUCAGGCCCUGCUUGCCUAUAGUUGUUCUCACAUAGAGAUGCUAGGUGGUGCUGCAUCCAUACGCUCCUCAGUCCCAGAAAUCCUGGUGUGUCCAUGUACAUCAUCCAGACGGGGAUCUUCUUCUGAAGCAACCAAUCCACGAGCUUUGCCCUUCUCAGGUGUUACUCGAGAUCACCAGUGCAGCAUGGCUCCCGGUCUCCACCCAAUCCCUUGUGUCCAUCGGCGAUGUGGCCGGGACAGUAGAGACAGUGAAGCUCUUCUUCCUUUGGUGAGGUCACACAGUGAACCAGGACUAAGCUCCUCCACCGAUACAGGUGAUUUUCCUGGCUCAGUAGGCAGCAAAGGAAUCGGUGACGGUGGCUCGCGUACCUCAUCAGACACAGGCCGGUCCUCAGCAUGUCUGCUGCUGCAGCGACCUCCACUGGUGUCCACUGGUAUGCUGCCAAGGAAAGGAAGCCUGAAGGCUACAACAGAGCAGAUCCCCUCUAAACAGCCUCUGGCUAGUUCUCUGCGCAUACACAAAGGCUGCACUCGCUCUUUGGGAGACCUUAAGGUGACAAGAGUGCUAGUGCAGCGUUUGCUACAGAGGUCCAAACGAAAUCUAGCACCAGCCUCUGAGCAUGCUGGGAAUUGUGGUCAGAGGCCCAAAAGGAGAGUUGGAGGGGAGGGAAACCUCCCGUUCAAUCAGGUUUUGCGUGCCUCUUGGGGUGCCAGCAGGGGUCAGCAAUACCAGCACCGUUCCCAGCACCAUCGCUGUGGUCACCACCAUUCUCACAGCGAGGGUUACCCCGUCAUCCGUCACAGCGAUCCUGAACCUGCGAGGACAGAGGGUAUCCACCUGCGCAGCUGCGGCGAUCUGAGCUCUGUGUCAGCCGUGUCAUUGCACCGGCUUCACCCACACACACAUACAUCAUCAGGAGCAUUGCAAUUGGACUCCACCCUCUGAGCAAAGGCGGGGCUUGUUUAAAGGAAAGUAGAGGUUGUUGGUAAUUCAGAAAAAGAAUCGUCUCACCUUGACUGUUUUCUAACAGUCAACAGAAAGACUUAAGAAUGGGGGAAAUGUAUCAUAUGGGAUUACACAGGUAGAGUUAAGAAGUAAAAGACAUUUUUGAAAAAUCAUUUUUGAAAACAUUGAAAUCUGUGAUAUCCUGUCACGAAAACUGAGCUUCCCCAAGAAAACAUGGGAGAAAUCUUUUGAGGAAACCCACUGAACUGUUCACCGAUCCCUUUAUAUAAUAUGGACUACAGACCCAUGACUGCCAGUACCUCAACACAACGUUGGUGUUCUGCCUUUCUCAGCCUCCUCUUCUUCCUUUCUGUCUGUCCAUCCUGUCAAACCCACCAUUCUCCCUCACUGUGACUCUAUGGAACUGUCAAAGGAGAGUGUGAGGAAGUGACAUAUCUCCCACAGUGCUUCCAGUCACUACACACAAAGAAAAAAAAAUCUGCACUGUUUUAAAGCAUACAUACUGUAUCUCUUCUUGGUUUUGGUAAAAGCACUGAACUCUGGACCUUUGUGGAUCUAGCUGAAAGAUUGUGAGUCUCAAUAUAGAUAUGAAGCAAUGUCUUACUUAUACGAGACAUUUUUUUGGUUUGGUAUUUAAUUCAUCUCUUUUGAACCAUCGAUCUAGAUAAUGCCAUAAUGUAGAGCAUUGACAUGUACUACUGUCAGUCAGUCCUUAGAAAAUACCGAACAGUGCAGCAUAAAGAAAACAAAACCACACACACUCCUACAUACAAUCCCUCAUCAAUCCCAAUCUAUAUAUCAUUCCAUUUAUGAGCAAAAGUCAAAUAAAAUGCACUGGCUUUUUGCGUAAGUGCAUGCCUUUUCAUUUACUUAGUAACACAGUGUAAUAGUAGUGUUUUUCUUUGCAUCUUUUUCUUUGAAUUGGAAUCUUGAUAUUUGAUACUGUGCAGCAUUUGCUCAUAUUUUUUAUUUAUUUAUUUUUUUGCAUGUAAGAUUUUUCCUUGUUUUAUGUUGACACAAAAAAAUGUGUCAGCAUGAUUGAGGAAUGCUGCUGAAGUUAAUACAAGAUGAAGCUCUGGCAAUAAAUAACACUCAAUGCACUGCUUAGCUACAGAGUAAACUAGAAUAAGGAACAAAGGGCAUUUAUUGUAAAAUAAAAUGUCUGUUAAAUGAUGAAACUGGGCUUAUGAUGAGUUUAAAGAACGCAUUUGGAUUUGUAUGAUACUUCUAUCCCGAUACUGUUUUCAUCACCUUUUUUCCGACUUCCUCUUGACUUGUUUUUACAUAAGUUAUGUUACAUGAGUGUCCACGUGUUAGCAUAAUGAAGCUAAAGGGAUUUUCUUGGAACUGUGUACAGUAAUUGUCUUUUGUCCACUAUGUAAAUGGCCAUAUAUGGUCAUAUAAACUUGCCACUAUGCUAGUUUGUUAAUGAACUACUUAGCAUAGUAAUCAAAAUGAAGUUAUGUCACCUAGAUAGUUGGCUAUAUAUUGAACUACAAUUGGACUGUGUUAAAGCAGAUUUCAUAUUAUCUAACGAAGUCGUCUUCAUUGAACAGUAAUUGUUAUUUUUCGUUUGUUUUAAUCAUGAAUAGCAGCUUGAUCGCAAACCCUUCAGGGGAAAGUUGUUCUACUUAAUCAGUUUUCAUCCAUCCUUCACACCUCCAAGGGGUCUAAACCAUUCUCACCAAAUCCUGAAAUGUAAUAUAGGUCCCAUAAUGUAGGAAUCAGGUUUGUUCUGAGUGGACAUGAUUGAGGAGGGUCACUAAAGUGGUAAAAAAAAAAAAAGCAGUAUUGGAAUGUUACCAAUUUUAAUGUAUAGCAUUUUAAGGAAAAUGCUAAAUGCCAGUGUGGAGUCUUCUAAUUUAGGAAUAUAUUUGAAAAACUAGUUCAAGGACUGAUUGUAGUGAACUCCUGGUUCCUUGUUGUAAAGAAUUUGAACUUUGAAUUUAUUCUGAUAUUUCAUUCGCACUGAAAAACUGAAAACAACUUGAAAAUGAGCUUAAAGUUCUACCUCCUGCUUUGCACUUUGAUGUAAUGUUAAUAGGAGAAUUUAAAUUUAUGGCUCUUGUAAGCUAGCCAUUGAUCUUAUGAGGACGAUAAACUGGGGAUAUGUUAACUUAAAUGAUUCAAGUGUGUAAGCGUAAUAAACUUUUGAUGCAAAUUAUGUAUAAAAAUGUACUGAAUAAAUGCAUAGACAACAGAACCAAGUCAUGCUUCAAAUCUUGCUUCAAAGUGAAAAGGGUUUCUUUUUCAGUUUCACUAUGAGCCAAGCAUU